AUGGCGACACCAGCCCCGUCGCAGUUUGCUGCUCUCCUGCGACAGUCUAAAUUCGCGUCCUUCGAUCCUAAAAUUGGUCAGGUCUAUGCCUCCUUUGGCGGCGAUGCUCAUCGAGGAAACUGGGGCCUCAAACGACCGCUCCCGCUGCGUCGACGCAAAGCGACCGUCACGGUCAGAGCUGUAGACUCCAGACAGCAGCAAACGGAGUGGAAGAGCGCGGAACAGCAACACAGAUGGAUACAGAUGUGGGACGAGGCUGGGGUCUCACCGAGAGUGCCUGAGGGCGGACCCUGGAGUCGGCGGCUUGGCCAGUUGGGCGGUGUACAGUGGGACAUCGACUCCGAGUUCGGGACGUCGACCCGGGACGGGGUCCAGGAUGAUGGAGGGAUGGCGGGCGCCCUCAGCGACAAGAGCAUGGCUAUUCCAAACAUCGAGGCGAUGUCGGAGAAGGAGUUCGAGCGGUAUCUGGAGAAACUACGAGAGCUGAGGCCUGCGUUCCGCGACUUCGUCCUAUCGAAAAAGGUGCCCGACUGGCCCGUGCAGUCCUUAUGGCAGCAAUCCGCGAACCCCUCCGAGCUGCACAAGCACUUCCUUGCCAACCAGGCGCACAAGGCGUAUAACAACAACCCCGACGCCCGUGUCAUCGAGCAGCAGCCUCAGCGCUACGGUGGUCUAACUUACGCCAAAGUGCCGCCACUUCAGAGCCAGUUCCUCAACAAACCUGCGCCAGGACGUGCGCUCCAACUCAGUUCAAUGUCAGACGUCGUCGCCAGUUUCGCCGGCUCGACAGUUGUGCUCAGUAAACACCGGGUCGAUGAUUUGCAUCCGGUGGACUGGGAAACACUUGGAGACGCUAAUAACGAGAAGGGUCAGGGAGUGGUGCGUAACAUGCGCAUUCAGAAUGCGCGUAUCCUCGAUGCGCCCGCUGUCGUCGCCGAAAAGCCGGGUACGCUAACGUCGACACGCCUGCUUCUCGGAGCCUCCGUCGAUCCACCCGAAGACAGGCAGCACGACCAAAGCAACACCAACCGACCCGGGUCGAGGGAGUACGUUGGACAACGGCCACAGUUCAUGCAGACACAAAUGCUUCGCUCGCCAAAGAAGCAGGGUGCGGUUUUCGAAACCGUCGAUACAGUCAAUCUGCUCGGGGUACUCUCCAAUGUGGUUGGAGCCGAACAGACGCGGAACUCCUAG